AGCACAAGUAACCGCCCUUCUUCAUUCCCUUCAACCGACCAUGAUAACACCCCCUAAAGGCACGUAUUAGCGCUACGCUUCAUGGGACUAGUAGUCUCUUUCCCGCACCGCAUGACUGACAUUUUCUCAAGCUUAAACUACAAUCCCCAUAGUAACGCGCGUGCUCCGACGGUUAACGUCCAAUCUGAAUAUGUGGGCGGGGAGCAUCCGCCCACAAAAGCAACAAAAUACAAUUGUGCUUGAGCGAGAAAGCAAGAAGCAUAUGUAACAUUGAAAGAAAAACGGAGAUUAUAACGAUAUAUUGGUAGAAAUAAUAAAAAAUAUUAGAAUACGUAUAUGAAAAGGCGAGGGGAAAAAAAAAGAAGCAAGCAGAAGAGAGGAUUUUUUCCCGACUUGAUAUUUAAAUAAAAGUGGGAGGAGCUUAGUGUAGACACACACUCACACACACACGUAGAGCGUUAAGUUGGAUUUGGAUGCGUUUCGGUGGAAAUCCGUUUUAUUCUCAGCAAAAUCACAAGUUGGAGGAAAUAAAAGAGUGAAGAUCAAAAGAAAGAAGUCAUGGCGACAGACGGGGGGAAAUCAGGUGGUGGUGAAAAGGGCAAUAAAGGAAAAACGUCAUCACAGGAUGCACAGCCAUCUCCUCUCGCUCUGCUUGCAGCCACAUGCAGUAAAAUAGGCGGCGUGGGCGGGGAGGGGCAGGCCGGCGUGCAGCAGCAGAUCAUCAUCGACCCCAGCCAAGGGUUAGUGCAGCUCCAGAACGCCCCACAGCAGCUGGAGCUUCUCCCGGCUCAGUUCACAGGAAACGGCUGGCAGAUCAUCGCCGCUUCACCUGCCACAGCUACUACAACCAAGGACAACACACAGGCUCCUGGCGUGGCCACCAUAGCAACCGGGACCAGCAUGGUCCCUGUUGAUGCAACGCCCGGACGAAAGGUUAAAUCGGCCGGUGUGAACAAUGCAUCGGUCGCACAACAACAACAGCAGCAAUUUCAGAUCAUCCAGGUCCAAAACAUGCCUAAUUCCACAGGAGGGAUCCAGUAUCAGGUCAUCCCACACUUACAGACUGCUGACGGUCAGCAGAUCCAGAUAAACCCCAGCAACCCAACCACUUUAAGCGUCCAACCUGAGCAGAUUCAACUCAUUAACAACCAAGCCAUUCUGGCCACGCCUCCAAGAGCCACGUCAGCCAGUGUAGUUUCCCAAAAUGUCACAAAUCAGGCCAUCCCUGUGCAGAUUCGCCCGUCAUUUCCACUCCAGCUGCAGACCAUUCAGGGCACACAAGCCCCCAUGGUCACUACAAUACCCAUAAAUAUUGGCGGCGUCACUUUGGCUCUGCCCGUCAUCAACAACAUGGCCGCAGGAGGAGGAUCGGUGCAGCUGCUGCAGUCAGGUGACCUGAAUGUAGCGAAUGGCAGCCAGUUGAUCACAACCAGCGUGGAAUCUACAUCCGGGACCACCAGCUUGACCACAUCAGGGGGCGGAGACUCCAUCUCUGCAGACGCUACAGCCUUAACGUCAGUGUCCAUGACAUCUGACGCAUGUGCAGAGGGGCAAAAAGACAUACGGUCCCAGGGGGGCGAUUCUGACAGCCAGAGCACAGCUCAGUCCAACGGGCUGCAAAUGUCCGAGCAGCAGACCCAGGUGCAGCAGUUUCACAUCGUCAGUCACCCGGUGCUGCAGCAGAUCCAGAUCCAGCAGACGCAGCAGCAGGCACAACAGCAGCCUCAGCAGCUGGUCCAGGGCUCCAUCCAGUUGCAGCCGGCUCAGACGCUGCAGCCGCUACAGCAGAACGUACAGCUGCAGGCCUUCCAGAACCCGGCUCAGGUCCUGAUCCGGGCACCUACACUCACGCCAACUGGCCAGAUCAGCUGGCAGACAGUGCAGGUCCAGAACGCAGGUGUGGCUCAACAGCUCACGCUGGCUCCGGUUGCAUCCAGUCCGAGCGGCGGUGCAUUCACACAGAUUGCUCCUCUCUCCAUCGGAGGAACGCCCAUCACGCUGAACACGGCCCAGCUGGCCUCGGGGACAGGCGUGCAGACGGUCAACAUUGCAGGACUGAGCACUGCAGGGGUCCAGGUGCAGGGCGUCCCACUCACCAUCACCGGGGUGCAGGGCCAGCAGCAGGGUCAGGAGGGUGUUAAAGUCCAGCCUGGUCCGGUGACCGUCACCGUAGGGAACUUGACCAACGCCAGUUUGAACGCAGUGAGUCCGGAUCAGCUGGGACAAGCACAGAGUCCCUCGGAGCAGGAGGGUCAGCCAAGCAAGAGGCUGCGCAGGGUGGCCUGCUCCUGCCCCAACUGCAGAGACGGAGAGGGAAGAAACAACAACGACCCAUCGAAAAAGAAACAGCACGUGUGUCACAUGGAAGGCUGUGGGAAAGUCUACGGCAAGACGUCUCACCUGCGAGCUCACCUGCGCUGGCACACCGGAGAGAGGCCCUUCGUCUGCAACUGGAUCUUCUGUGGAAAACGGUUCACGAGGAGUGACGAGCUUCAGCGGCACCGCAGGACACACACGGGUGAGAAGAGAUUCGAGUGUCCGGAAUGUUCCAAGAGAUUCAUGAGGAGCGACCACCUGUCGAAGCACAUCAAAACUCACCAGGGCAAAAAAGGAGGUGCUGCACUGGCCAUCCUCACCACCGAGGACAUGGAGGACGAGGUAGAGGAGGCGCUGGGCUCGCCGAGGAUCGUCACCGUCGCAUCCAUCUCGCAGGAUUCUGACCCGGCCACGCCCACGACAUCUAACAACCUGGACGAGGAGUUCGAGUAGCUCGGGGUCCAAGUCCUCCGCUCAAAGCACCAUGUUAUAUAUCAGCUUUUAGUUGUCUGUCUUUUGUUUUAUUUGUCAAUUUUUUUUUUUUCGUUCUUUUGAGAAUGGACAGCUCUUGGAGUGCAUCAACUUUUCAGAUUUUUUCAUAUGGAAAUGUAAAAAAAAAAAAUGUUAUAAUAGAAAAUUAUAAAUGUACCAUUUGGUUUUUGAGAGACCUACAGUGAUUAUUGGAAAUGAGACGAGUUGUCGGAGAGUGUUUUAUUCACAGGAGCAUGAGGAGGGGAUCUGUCGUUCCCAGUACGCAAAUCCACUAUGAAGAGUCUUUUUUUUUUUUUUCUUUUUUUUUUCUUUAGGAUUAAAUUCUGUCUCUAUGCACAAAAUUGUACAUCUUUUCUCAAAUUAUGGGAUCGACGUAUUAUCGGGAGCGAGGAGUUUGGUGUAAAUGUAGGUUUUUAACGUAAAAUAGUUUCGCGAAUGCCGUCGGACGAGAUUUGGGACUGGACAGCUCGACAUCCGAACGCCGUUCUAUACCGAGUCGAUGUUUAAACGCCAUCCCAUCAGCAGAUGACUGUUCGGUGCCAGACUUUAGAGAAACUACGUUUUAUGCAGAUCUCCAGCUAUGAAAUUAUGGAAGAAGAGACCGGACCAGACAGAACCUAACAGUGAAACGGUCCUAAAAAGCACAAAUUGAAAAAGGAAAAAGUGAUAGAUUUAUAUUUAAACAAAAAGAGGAAAAAAAAAGAGAGAGAGAGAUGAUACAUUCCUAUAUGAAGAGAGGGAUGAUGAUGAUGAUGGUGGUGGUGAUGAUGAUGAUGGUGGGAGGCAGGAAAAAAAUAAAACCAUGAGAGGCAAAUUUGGCUUCCUGAUAUUUGCUUAUCAGGUUAAAUGAAAGCAAUACUAUAAAGACAAUCCUUGUGAAACCAUGUUUACAUUAAAUAGGAGGCAGAAUAGAUUUUCUUUUAAGAAGUGAAAAAGGAAACCACAGCAAACAGCCUAAAGGUUUUUUUGCGUCUCAAAAGUCAUAUGAACUGUCUUACAAUGCCUUAACACAGAGUGAUGAGCGAGACGCUCAUGUCGGGGGGAAAUGGGAGGGAGGGAGGGAGGGAGGGAGGGAGGGGGGAUUCGGGGGUGGAAGGAAAAGCGGGUCUUUCAGUGAAGGGAUGAUGAUUUCGUGUACAGUUGCACACAGCUGACCACAUGCUUUUUUUUUUUCUUUUUCUUUUCUAUGCUAGUAAACACUGUGGCCAGUAAGGAGAGGUCAUUUUAAAAUCUCCGUUCGACUUCUGAGUGACACGUUUUUUGCGCUUCUCAGCUAAUUCCUCCUCUCGUUAGAUUAACAUCACCUUCUUCCUCAUCGUCAUCGUAUUCAUAGUGUCGGUGCCAUUAAAGAUGUCCGCUUCCUGAAUCAUUGUAGAUCUGCGGCCACCUGUUUGGUCAGUCAAGUUCUCGUAGCUCAGUUUGAUGUUCUAAUAUGUGUCUGGUGGCGUGGUUUUUUUGUUUUGUUUUGUUUUUUAUUUGUGGAAAUUGGAUUUGUGGAAUUUUUUUGAUGUUUUAUUUUCUUAUGUCCUUUUACCUUCUUUCCCCUGGUUCUAUCUGUUACCACAGACUGUCUAAUAUCCCUAAUUUAUUAUUUAUCCUUAUUUCAAUAUUUGCCCUUUUCAAGUCGCUGAUGUGUAUCGUACGCUGUUGAGUCAGAGAUUAUGUGCAGCAUGUUUUUGUUGUUUUUUUUUUUGUUGUUUGUUUGUUUGUUUGUUUGUUUUGUUUGUUUUUUCCCCCCCCUGGUAUAAGCAAUGAAUUAUUUCUACUUGUGGUCCUUUUUAUAAACAUAACCAUAGCUUUUUAAUUUAUACAAAUUCUUCUCUCACACCCUAACAUAUUUCAGAAGACAAAAAAAAAAGAUGGAAAAAAAAUUCAGAUGAAUUGUUGAUACCAAACAAUUUAGAUGUUUUUUGGUAAUAUUUUGUGUGAUGACUGAUUUUUUUUUUUCUUUGAUAUUUUCUAGUGGCAUCUCAUUUGUAAAUCUUUUUCUAAGAUGUUUCUUUGUGUUCAUGACAUUUAAAAAAAAAGUUUUGGGUUUUUUUUUGGCCAGGUUAGCCUGAAAGGCUCCAGUUUAUUGAUAUUUUUAAAAAAUAACUUUGUACAAAUGUGUUAUGUUAAUGGGUAAAAAAAAAAGGACAAAAAAGAGAAAGAUCUUUGCCUGCAUAACACUUGAAAUUAAAAGUGAAUAAAUCGGUCUUAAUUAUACCGCGUAUGAUUGUUACCAUAUUUUGAGAACGUCAAAAUACAACGUAAUGACAACGUAAUCUCUAUUUAUUGUACGUGUAAUGUGUAUGAUUACCACAGACAAGACUUUCAACACAAUUCCAUGUACUUUCUGCAUUUAAGGUUAUAGAAAAAAAAGCUGACUAAAUUCAAAUAAAAUUCACUCAAUAAAAAAAAUUUAGUUCACUGCAGCAGAAAGAACCCAGUUGGUUUGGGCCGAUUUUAUGAAGGUGAAUUCACAAUUCCCCGACAUGUGAGCCAAUAGAAAAGAAGUGGGCAGGACUGUGAUCUUUUUGUUAGAUAAAAAAUCGAGAAGCUGCUUAUGAUUAAGUAGCGCUUACACCACACUUUUUCCUCGUUGUUUUCGUCCUGCUUGGAGCACAUCUGGAAAAAAGUUGGCUGUCUUGUCUUCUAACACACUCUAGGGUUUUUGUUUUCUCUCUGCCUGCUAGGAUUUUCUGUAACCAUAAAGUUCUAGAGAUACUAGAGAAGUUGUUUAUAGUUUUAUCCAACUUUUCAACACUGGCUCAACAUGGUAAAAGGUUACUUCACGGAUCAACGAGGGUUUUAUUGUAAGACGUAAACAAAAAUAUUUCCCUCUAAAACAGCGGUCUCGUUCCUGCAGCAAUGAAUUAUACAGACGCUUAAUGCUCAUACACGUUUGAAUGAAAACUGAAGGAAGGAAUUCUUCAAGGAAUUCGUUUUUAAACGAGAUCCUAAAUGGAAAAUUUUUUACUAAAGUGUAUAGAAUUACCAACCAAGGAAAUUUAGACACAAAAGCCCAAAGUUGGGCCCCCCCCCCUUAAAGUUACAAACAUUCAGUAUGAGCUGUCGAGAAUCCAGGUGAUAAUCCUAAUGCUUUCGUGUACACUACAACAAACACUAUCCACACCGUUACUUACAAUAGCAGACGUGAUUGUUGCCUUGAGAUCUUCAGUGUCUGUCACCCGAGUGGUCUACACAUGAUCUUCGAUGAGUCCCCAAAGUAAGAAAUUGCAGGCUGGGAUUUUGGGUGAUCUAGACCAAAACUCCACGGCCAAUCUGUGAGAAUGCCAACUCAAAUAAAGAUGAAAAAACUUCUCAAAAAUGUAACAUUGCCUUAUUAAAAAAGAAAAAAAGAUAACACGCACUGGUUGAUUUUUAUUUCGUAAAGAUACUUUUCAAAUUAUUCAGAUAAUGUCUUUUUCCUGUAUUAAUUUUUAUUGCCCAAGUUCAACAACUGCCCUUACACAUCCAUUAUAAGUGCUGGUCAUGUAAACCUUUGAUCAAGUAAACAAGCUAAACUUCUUAUCUGUGGUAAUCUCACAUAUGCUGCACGUACACAACAGAUAGAGAUUAGGUUAAGAAAAAAAAGGACACAGGAGUUCUCCUUUAAUCAGACUAUCGUUGCAUUUCACUACACUGAUGCUUCACACGUAAGCAGAUCCGAGCUUGUACUGAAGCCGUGUUGCGUGCUGCCACUGAUAAAGCUGAUUAAACCGCAGACUUUGACCUUGUGUUCCACAGUACAAACCUCAGCAGAGGCCAGUGUGUGCUCACAACAUUCAGAGUCAUAUUUUCCUGUUUUGUUUUACCCUAUAAACCUAAAUAUGUUACACCCUCUUAGCCCAUAACAUUAUGAGCAGUAUCAGAUGGGUGUUAAAGAAGUUGUUGUAGGCAUGUUGUUAUAGUGUCCAGUUGAAAUGCCAUCUUCUGGCUGCAGACAACAGAGAUUUAGCACACAACACUGACCUCACUGCUUUACACACACAAAGGCACCAUUCACUUACUGGCUCUAUUUCGAUACUGUGUACCAGACACAAUAAAAAUAAAACAGGGGUACACAAACUUUUUGCAUAUUUUUGACCCAUUUCAGUGUAAGAAAAUAAACACAGAGCUCCUGAUGAAAAUAUUACACCAAUACAGAUUUUA